AUGAUCAUGUAUGGAGGAGGGAAAAUAGAUGAACUCGUCCCCCCAGAAAACCUCACGAAGAUUCUAACGCUUCUCCUGGUCAUUGAAUUUGUCUAUAUUUUCUGCCAAUGGCUCAUCAAGAUGUCCUUCUUAACAUUUUAUUUACGCGUGCUCAGCAUAUCGCCAGUAUAUAAAAAGGCAGUAUACGCUGUUAUGGCAUUUACCACGAUGCAGACAAUUGCCGUCCUGCUAUUCUAUGGCCUUCAGUGUCUGCCCUUGGAUGCUUUCUUUCACCCCGAGAAUUAUCCCGAAGCCAAAUGCAUCCCGACACCAGUCACACUUUACUUUCCAGCAAGCAUGAAUGUCUUGACAGAUAUGUUGAUCUACAUUCUUCCAAUCUGGCCGCUGUGGAGUCUCCAGAUGAGCCGACGUCGUCGCAUGGGUCUUAUUGCUUGCUUCACCGUGGGCGGAACUACCGUCCUUGUAUCACUUCUCCGUUUCAUCGUGCUGGUACAGCUCGCCAGUGGCUCCCGAACGUUCUACGUCUACGGCUCCGUCGCCAUCGUGACAACGAUCGAGCUAUCCACCGCUAUUAUCUCCGCCAACAUGCCCUCGCUCCGGGCAGUCUGGAAGACGCAUAUCUCUGGCACGUUAUACGCGUCCAGCGAUCGCAAAUCCGCUCCAUACGAGUUAGGCACCACAUCGCAGGCCCGCGGAAGCCGUCGGACAGGAAAAGGGGCGAUGACUACGAAAUUCAAGCAAAGCAACACACAUGGCUCCCAAGCUGAGUCGGAGGAAGAGCUUUGUCAAACGCGAGAAGAGAUUCUAGUGAGCACCCAGGUCAAUGUGGUUUCUACCAGGAACAAAAAUCUCGAAAGCCCGCGGUUACCACCCUCAUAUUAUCCGACGAAGUAG